GACGUCCCCAUCAGCGAGCAGCUGAUCCGGUCGGCGUUCCAGUGCGCGCAGGUGGUGGCGGGCGACCUGCUGGGCUGCGCGGGCCCGCGCUGCCUGCGCCGCGUGCUCGCCGCCGCCGCCGCCUUCGCCUCGCAGACCAAGGAGCUCAACAUCAGCCUCACCGCAGUGGGACUCAUGUGGAACAUAUCGGAUUACCUUUAUCACAAUCGAGAUAAGCUGGUGACGGCGUUGGCGAAGGACCAGGCUGUCACUCCGGAAGUACCAAACCAUUCUGAACUACCGCCGCUUGACAAACUAUGGAUGUGCCUCUACAUAAGACUGAGUGAGUGUUAAUAAUAUGUGGUUACCCAACUAACACCUUCGAAAUUUAGUUUAUUUUAUGACACCCAUAUCAUAUCACAAUAUCAAAUCAAAGAAAGUAAUAUUUAUAUCAGAAAUAAAAUAAACAAUUAUACGGAUUAGUGUGUUCGUAUGCGUUCCGGGGCAAUCGAGAAAUUUAACGACUUGGAAAUCAAUAUAUUCAUAAUUUAGUAUUAACGUUACAAAGUUAAAAGGUAAAGCCUUUUUAUAAUAUUACAAGUUUUGAUUGUUAGUUUUGCAUAGAACAGACUCUGAAGCCACUGGACCUAUUUUUUUUUUCAUCUACGGGCUAUAAUUUACCCGGGCUAAAUCCCGGGAAAUCGGAUAGUUAUUAAUAUAGACCUUUUUUAUUUCAUCUGUUUUUACGUUACGUGCAGGUGAGUUGUGUACGGAACCCCGUGCGCCAGUUCGCCGCGCCGCUAGUCAGACACUGUUCAGUUGUAUAGGCGCCCAUGGAACCCUACUCAGCAAACCGGCGUGGAGAGCACUGAUGAGCGUCCUCUUCCCAAUGUUGGGAGAGGUUCAAAAGCAAUCGAAUAUCGCAAGCUCAGAGAAAGUAGACACAGGCGAACAUAUACUGAUACACCACACUAGAAAUACAGCGCAGAAGCAAUGGGCAGAAACACAGGUGUUGACGUUGUCAGGGGUCUCGCGCGUGUUUCAUUCGCGGUUCCAGCUGUUGACGACGGUGGGUGACUUCAACAGAUCUUGGGCGGCCCUACUCGACUACAUCACUGACUUCGCGCUAACGAGGAGUCACGAGGUGUCUGUGGCGGCGUUGAAGUCAUUCCAAGAGGUGGUGAGCGCGGCGGGGCGGUGGGCGGAGGGCGCGGAGAGCGGCAGCGCCCUCUACCGGCGCGUGUGGGCGCACGCCUGGGCCGCCUGGGGGAACGUCGCCGCCCACGCGCCCCACGCGUCCCACGCACGCCACGCCCCCGGUAACUAUACGGACUCUAGCAUUGACGACGGUCAGUAUCGGAAACUGAGUGAAAAUAUAAUACAUACGAAGAUCUGUUCUGAGAAACCAAGUUAAAAUCGACGAUUUUAAUGAAUAUGUGGGGAA